AAGCCCUUAGGAGAGGCUUUUUUCCCUCUCCCUUCCUCCACUCUUAGGACAUGUCAGAUCUUCUUGUGGAGUCCAGCACAAACUAAUCCAUGAGGUUCAAUCCGGCUAAGUAAUUGGGGGACCGUGUCAGCUGUGAAUUACAAUGAGCAGCGGGGAAGGAUCUGUCAGCUGACUAAUCAGGGAUAGUGGGUUUUAUGCAGUGCUGCCAUGGCAGCGGUAACGGAAGCAGCCACGGGAGCUUUGUUGGAUAGAGAUUUUUGGCUGCCACUUUUAAAUACUACCCAAGACGCAGCUCAUAUUUCAUCAAUGUUGCGUUGACAAUUGGACAAGAAGAGUGUUAUUGUGUAUAGGCGCAAUGGCAGAAGCAAAUCCCCCGAGAAGCAAGAUGAGGUUCAGAAGGAAUGCGGCUUCCUUCCCUGGGAGUUUGCACUUGGUUCUGGUUCUCCGACCUACCAGUUUUCUUCAACGGACUUUUACAGACAUUGGAUUUCGAUUUAGUCAGGAGGAUUUCAUGCUGAAAUUACCAGUUGUUAUGCUGAGCUCAGUUAGUGAUUUGCUGACAUACAUUGAUGAAAAGCAAUUAACCCCUGAGUUAGGCGGCACCUUGCAUUACUGCCACAGAGAAUGGAUCAUCUUCAGAAAUGCUAUUGAAAAUUUUGCCCUCACAGUGAAAGAAAUGGCUCAGAUGUUACAAUGUUUUGGAACUGAGCUGGCUGAGAAAGAACUGCCCUAUGAUAUUCCUGCUAUAGAAGAAAUUAUGGCAGUUCGUGAUCAAAGGUACCGCCUGUUAAAGGACAAUAUUACAGCUGUCACCAAAGAAGGAAAAUUUCUGAUGAUAAAUCUGGGAGGUCCUUCCUCUGAAGAAGAUGUCAGUUCAAGUCUAGAGCGUCGUCAGCCAAUACGCCAUGACUGGCAAACUGUUGACAAGUUACUGACUCAAGUACAUGAUAUGGAAGUUGCUUUUGAUGGAUUUUGGGAAAAACACCAGAUAAAAAUGCAGCAGUAUCUGCAACUAUGGAAAUUUGAGCAGGAUUUCCAAGAGCUUGUGACUGAAGUUGAAUUUCUGUUAAGCCAACAAGCGGAGUUGACAGAGGUAACAGAAACUCUCUCUGAAGUUAAACAAAAAAUGCAAAAGUUGGAUAACUUACAUGAAACUUCUCAGGCUGUAUUAUCAAAGGCCCAUUUUAUGAUAUUACAUGGACACAGGCUUGCAGCAAGUCACCAUUAUGCACUUGAUUUGAUCUGCCAGAGAUGCAAUGAACUACGUCACCUCUCUGAUACUUUGGCAAAAGAGAUCAAAACAAAACGGAUCCAGCUCAGCAGGACCCUCAAAGUGCAUUCACUUAUACAGCAGGCUCGCCAAUGCUGUGAUGAAGGGGAAUGCCUUCUAGCUAAUCAGGACACAGACAAGCUUCAAUCUAAAGAAGAUAUCGAGAAAACCGUCCAGGGCAUCAAAAAUUUUCUGGAAAUGGCACUGCCUUUUCUCAAUUAUGACAUUGAAAGCUUGCCCUGUGAGUUUGAUGUAAUUGUUUCUCCUGAACUCAAGGUUCAAAUGCAGUCUAUACAAGUCAAGCUUGAAAGUAUUCGAAACAUAUUUGAGACCCAACAAGAGGAUUUAAAAAAUACCGCAGAGAAGCAACUGACUCCCAUCCAAUUUGUGGUACCUACUUCCAGCAAUUCUUUGACCAAAUCCAGAACAUCAUUGUUCACACCAAAUCCUGGGAAGAAGACUUGGACACAAAGUCAGAGCGACUUAAAAAUUGAAACGGUGCCAGAUUGUCAGGAGAAAAGAAAGUCUGACCCAUCUCCCAGUUUGAAGAGUGACAAUACCCUGGAUAUUUUAAAGAGCCACGUCCUAAAUGAGCUGAUAAAGACAGAGAGGUUGUAUGUUCAUGAGCUAUUUACUGUUCUGUUGGGCUAUAGAGCAGAGAUGGAUAAUCCAGCGAUGUUUGGUCUUAUGCCACCUCUCCUGAGAAAUAAAAAGGAUAUUCUCUUUGGAAACAUGGCAGAAAUAUAUGAAUUCCACAACAACAUUUUCAUGAAUAGUCUGGAAAAUUGCAUGAAUGCUCCAGAAAGAGUGGGACCUUGUUUCCUGGAAAGGAAAGAUGAUUUUAAGAUAUAUGCAAUAUAUUGUCAGAAUAAACCCAGAUCAGAGGCAGUUUGGAAAAAGUUUUCAGAAUGCGCCUUUUUUCAGGAAUGCCAAAGGAAAUUAAAACACAGACUUGGUCUGGAUUCCUAUCUGCUCAAACCAGUGCAAAGAAUCACUAAGUAUCAGUUACUGUUGAAGGAGCUAUUAAAAUAUAGCCAAGACUGUGCUGGAGUUGAUCAGUUAAAGGAGGCACUUGAUGCAAUGCUGGAUUUGCUGAAGUCAGUUAAUGACUCUAUGCAUCAGGUUUCAAUAAAUGGCUAUAAGGGAAACAUAAAUGAUCUGGGCAAGAUGAUCACACAAAACGCAUUCAGCGUGUGGACUGGACACAGGAAGGGGGCCACCAAAAUGAAGGAACUUGCAAGAUUCAAGCCGAUGCAGCGACAAAUUUUCUUGUAUGAAAAGGCCAUUGUGUUUUGCAAAAGGCGCGGUGAAACUGGAGAAGGAGCUGCUAAAUAUCCUUCCUACAGUUUUAAACACAGCUUGAAAUUGGAAGAAGUUGGAAUCACUGAAUAUGUAAAAGGCGAUACCCGCAAAUUUGAAAUCUGGUGUGGUGGGAAGGAAGAAGUUUACAUUGUUCAGGCUCCGAAUAUAGAUGUGAAGCUGGCAUGGUUAAAAGAAUUGAGAAGUAUUUUGUUGAAGCAACAGGAAGUUUUGACAGUACAGGAGCAGCUGUCUUCUCAGCAAAAUUACGAAAUGCAACACGGAGCGAUGGCAGGCCCUGAGGAAAUCAAAUCAGAGCACAGCGGCACUCUGGCAGACGUCGGCAAGGCAAUCGCCUCACUUCAAGCAGAAGCAAAUAAAGUUUUGAACGUAAUGCCAUCAUAUCCAGAAGGUGCUGAAGGGUCUGAGGAAUGGUCCAGCAACAUUGUCUACCCUUCUGAUGGUGGCAACGGUGAAGAAGGGACACUAAUGGUUGACUCUGCUCUGAGAAACACAAGGGACGUAAAUUACCUGGAGAAAAAGGAGAAUAAAGAGACUUAAAAUUAAGAAUUCCUUGGGUGGUGUCGAUGAAAGUCUAGAUUACAUUUCUUCAAAGUGUUACAAGUACAUAGUCACAAGAGUUAGACUGAUCCUAUGCUGCUUAUGGCAUUAACAGACUCUCCUUAUGCCUGAUGUGACUUCGUCAUUCCAGAUUGCUUCCUUCUUGCAAGAAGUCUUCUUCACACCAUCCAGGUGGAAAAGGCAGUGUUAGAGGUUUCCAAGUCAGGUUUUUCAUGGCAUGUUUUAGAACAUUUCCAGCUAAGAAACUUGACCUGUAAUGUUUUGGAUAACUGACAUUAAAAAAAAUCCAAAGAGUGAUAUGAGAUAAUCAGAGAUUCCAAGUUUUUCUGUUCAUUGAUAGUUUAUCUGUAUUAAUUCUAUUACAUAUGUGACUGAAUGUACCUAAGAUUAUGCUCUGAAGGACAGCUUUUGCACUUUAACUGGUAUUUAAAUUUGUCAGAGCAGUCUUAUGGUUCCCAAAAGAGCCAAAGCUAAAAAUCUUGUAUUUAGGAUGAAUUGAAGUUUGCAGAUUUUUGUGGAUUGAAAUUGAGAAACAUGUUAGAGUUGGAAGUUGAGUACUCCUAUUUGCACAAUAGCCGUUCUUGUAACAAAGUUCUACUAUCCAUUGUCUAUAUUUGCUUUUGCCUUUUAAAAAAAUGUAGUCCAGUAAGGGUCUUUUAUGUCAUGUGAUAUUUCUUCCUAUGGAUUUUGUGACCAUUUGCUUUAUAACCCAGGUUCAGUUGUUGCAUGUAGUGUUGAGUUCAUGAUUGUAGUAUUUUAUAUUAUGACAACUGAAGACUAUGGAUUGAAAUUGCUGCCUUUUGACUCAUGGGUUAUGAAUUUUACUCUCAAGUUGACAUAUUCAAUGCAUGGAUUUUUUGACAAUUGUUCUUACAGUAAUCCAAUAGCUAUAUAAUACAUAAACAAUGUGUCUCCUAAUUAGACUUGUGUAUCACAUUAAAGUCAUAGUUCAUGCUAGUGGUAUCAUUUGAUGUAAAAUUUUGUAUGAUGAGUCAUUUGUAUUUUAGUCAAAGGUAACUGUGACUUACUAUAUAAAUCUUGCUGGAAUUUAUGAUGGCUGAUUUAUAACUUGCUCAUUGAAGUGUCUUUAUAUUUGCUAUUUCACUUAAUGCUUCUGCAACAGUAACAACAACAAAGUGAAAAUAAAAUACAACUCUUCAGUGUGUUGAUCUGUGGUUAGAAGACAGAAUUAGAAGUUGAAAUCUUGGAAUAAUGAUGCCACUCUGCACAAUGUGUUUUCAUUUCCUGAAUAGAGACUAGAAGUUUAAAUCAUUUAUGAUAAUACUGAAUUCUGUAGGUCUAACAUACAGUUAGAGUCUUUUACUGUUUUAAUCAUUGUACAAUGGAUGCUAUAUUUGUGUAUGUAUUUGUAUAUGUACUGUACUGCAUUAAUUUUAUUGGGCUAUAAAUGUGUGUUACUAUAAAACAUAGCAGCAAUUUCCCUUUGUCUUCAAAAUUUAAUUACAUUGUAGAUGUACUUACAACAUAAAUGUAGUUGCAUUAAUUUCACAUUAAAGAUAUCUUACCUUAAACUCAUUCAUUUUGAAGAACGUAAUAAAUAUCAUUUAAGA